AAGAAGAAGGCGGGAGAUGCAUGCACACCCCCGCGACCCGCUCCCUCUGGCUGGUCCCCGGGCGUGCGCCACUGACCAGGGGGGAAUGUGGUGAAGACGGCGAGGAGGAGAGCCGAGGGGGGAGGGGAGGGCCGGCCGGCGUGAACCCGGGCCCGAGGGUGCGAGAAGCCGGAGGAAGCUGGAGGGGGCGGCGGCGACAGCGGGGUCGGAGAAAGUUGCCCCCCGUGCAGAUGGGAACUGAGGUAAAAUGCACACUUGCUGCCCCCCAGUAACUUUGGAACAGGACCUUCACAGAAAAAUGCAUAGCUGGAUGCUGCAGACUCUAGCGUUUGCUGUAACAUCUCUCGUCCUCUCGUGUGCAGAAACCAUCGAUUAUUAUGGGGAAAUCUGUGACAAUGCAUGUCCUUGUGAGGAAAAGGACGGUAUUUUAACUGUGAGCUGUGAAAACCGGGGGAUCAUCAGUCUCUCUGAAAUUAGCCCUCCCCGCUUCCCAAUCUACCACCUCUUACUGUCUGGAAACCUUCUGAACCGUCUCUAUCCCAAUGAGUUUGUCAAUUAUACUGGGGCUUCGAUUUUGCAUCUGGGUAGUAAUGUUAUCCAGGACAUUGAGACCGGGGCUUUCCACGGGCUGCGGGGUUUGAGGAGAUUGCAUCUGAACAACAAUAAACUGGAACUUCUGCGCGAUGAUACCUUCCUUGGCUUGGAAAACUUGGAGUACUUACAGGUCGAUUACAAUUACAUCAGCGUCAUCGAACCCAAUGCUUUUGGGAGACUGCAUUUGCUGCAGGUGCUUAUCCUCAAUGACAAUCUCUUGUCCAGUUUACCCAACAAUCUUUUCCGUUUCGUGCCCUUAACGCACUUGGACCUCCGGGGGAACCGCCUGAAACUUCUGCCCUACGUGGGGCUGUUGCAGCACAUGGAUAAAGUGGUGGAACUACAGCUGGAGGAAAACCCCUGGAAUUGCUCCUGUGAGCUGAUCUCUCUCAAGGAUUGGCUGGACAGCAUCUCCUACUCUGCCCUGGUGGGGGAUGUGGUUUGUGAGACCCCCUUCCGCUUACACGGCAGGGACUUGGAUGAGGUCUCCAAGCAGGAGCUUUGCCCAAGGAAACUCAUUUCCGACUAUGAGAUGAGGCCGCAGACGCCUUUGAGCACCACGGGUUAUUUACACACCACCCCGGCCUCGGUGAAUUCCGUGGCCACUUCUUCCUCUGCUGUUUACAAACCCCCUCUGAAGCCCCCGAAGGGGACCCGCCAACCCAACAAGCCCAGGGUGCGCCCCACCUCUCGGCAACCCUCCAAGGACUUGGGCUACAGCAACUAUGGCCCCAGCAUCGCCUACCAGACCAAAUCCCCGGUGCCUUUGGAGUGCCCCACCGCGUGCACUUGCAACCUGCAGAUCUCUGAUCUGGGCCUCAAUGUCAACUGCCAGGAGCGAAAGAUCGAGAGCAUCGCGGAGCUGCAGCCCAAACCCUAUAAUCCCAAGAAGAUGUAUCUGACAGAGAACUACAUCGCUGUCGUGCGCAGGACAGACUUCCUGGAGGCCACGGGGCUGGACCUCCUGCACUUGGGGAACAACCGCAUCUCCAUGAUCCAGGACCGUGCUUUUGGGGAUCUCGCCAACCUGAGGCGCCUUUACCUGAAUGGCAACAGGAUCGAGAGGCUGAGCCCGGAGUUAUUCUACGGCCUGCAGAGCCUGCAGUAUCUCUUCCUCCAGUACAAUCUCAUACGGGAGAUUCAGUCCGGAACGUUCGACCCGGUCCCAAAUCUCCAGCUGCUAUUCUUGAAUAACAACCUACUGCAGGCCAUGCCCUCGGGCGUCUUCUCUGGCCUGACCCUCCUCAGGCUAAACCUGAGGAGUAACCACUUCACCUCCUUGCCGGUGAGUGGAGUUUUGGACCAGCUGACCUCACUUAUCCAAAUCGACCUGCACGACAACCCCUGGGAUUGUACCUGCGACGUGGUGGGCAUGAAGCUGUGGGUGGAGCAGCUCAAGGUGGGCGUCCUCGUCGACGAGGUGAUCUGCAAGGCGCCCAAGAAGUUCGCCGAGAGCGACAUGCGCUCCAUCAAGUCGGAGCUGCUGUGCCCGGACUACUCGGACGUGGUGGUGUCCACGCCCACCCCCUCCUCCAUCCAGCUCCCGGCCGGGACCAGCGCUGUGACUCCCGCCGUCCGGCUGAACAGCACCGGGGCCCCCGCGGGCUUGGGCGCGGGCGGGGGCGCGUCGUCGGUGCCCCUGUCGGUGCUGAUCCUCAGCCUGCUGCUGGUGUUCAUCAUGUCGGUCUUCGUGGCCGCCGGGCUCUUCGUGCUGGUCGUGAAGCGCAGGAAGAAGAGCCAGAGCGACCACACCAGCACCAACAACUCCGACGUGAGCUCCUUCAACAUGCAGUACAGCGUGUACGGCGGCGGCGGCGGCGGCGGCGCGGGCGGCCACCCGCAGCCCCCGCCGCCGCUGCCGCUGCAGCCCGGGGACGAGGAGAGGCGGGAAAACCACCACUUGCGGAGCCCCGCCUACAGCGUCAGCACCAUCGAGCCCCGGGAGGACCUGCUGUCGCCGGUGCAGGACGCCGACCGCUUUUACAGGGGCAUUUUAGAACCAGACAAACACUGCUCCCCCACCCCCGCCGGCAGCAGCCUCCCGGAAUACCCCAAAUUCCCGUGCAGCCCGGCUGCCUACACUUUCUCUCCCAACUAUGACCUGAGGCGCCCCCAUCAGUAUUUGCACCCGGGGGCCGGGGACAGCCGGCUGCGGGAACCGGUGCUCUACAGCCCCCCGAGUGCUGUCUUUGUAGAACCCAACAGGAACGAGUAUCUGGAGUUAAAAGCAAAACUAAACGUUGAGCCGGACUACCUCGAAGUACUGGAAAAACAGACCACAUUUAGCCAGUUCUAAAAGCAGAGAAACUCCCCGGGAGCUUUUGCGUUUAAAACAAACGCGCAAGCGGACACACGGUGAACGCAUUUGAUUAAUGGUGUCGUUUCAACGUUUAGGGUGAAGUGCCUUGGCACGGGAUUUCUCAGCUUCGGCGGAAGAUACGGAGAGGGUGUGCAAUUUCCUUUUAAAUUUACACGUGGGAAACGUUUGUGUACACUGGGGCGCAUCGCUUUCUCUUCUUGCGUGUGGGGGAGGUGAGGAGAAGGGCUUUACGGAGGGCAAUUGGCUGCGCGGGUGACUUAAAGGUGGCAGCCGUCUCUGUAGGGUUGGAAGUGCUAAGAAUGGUGGAAGAUGGCAGCGCAUAGAUUCUCCUUUCCCUUUUUAUUCCCCCAUCUCUCCUUCUCCACCC